GGUGCAUAAACCAGUGAUUAUAGAUACAACCUUCUUUUUUUGUUUUGUUUUUACCUAGGCCUAUGCCAUAGGUAGCAUACAAUAAUGACGUGAUCCUUUAUUCUAUUGCAUUUUACAUUGUUGUUGUGUUUACACACUGUUAAAUAGAAUCUGUUAUUAUUGGGCUACGCGGGUUAAGUAAUUGUCAUUUAGGCCUACUGUAUUCGGCUAAUCAAAAUACGCUGGGGCUUUUAUUUUGUGUUUCGUCACCGGAAGUGUUCUGAUUUAAUAUGGGUGACUUGACACUGGUCCCAAGUUGAGUUCACUCGCUGUGCUGCUGCGUCGUGAGACAGUGGAUGAUAGAAGGACAAAAGAGGCUGAUUUGGGGUCUGUUCUGAGAGAGCCGCCUCACCUUCAUCCUUCAGUGUAUAGAAAAGGAAAGUGAAGCGCUUAAAGGCUACACAGACUAGACAGACAGACUUAAAGGAAAGUGGUAACUGGAUCAAGUCGGGCGACAGGAGCUCCUCUGAUUGAAUUGAUCCUCCUUGGAUGUAUCAGAGAGGAGGGGACGUUUUCUAAUCUGAUUCCCUUUUGGAAAUGAGCUACACGGCGGAUGUAAAGGAAGGUGACAGGAAUUCAAGAGGAAGAAUGAUAUCUGCAGGAAUCUGGCUGCUUUCAUCUCCUCUCUGAUUGUAUUCUUUUUAGGGGAUUGAUCUGUUACAUCCGAGCUUUUUAAAGGACCUUUCAAAUCAGCCUAUCUAAUUUCCAUCCACCCACCACAACGCAGCUGGUUGAUCACACUCAUUCAACCAAAGUUGAAAGAUUAGUUGUAAAAACUUGCAUUCAGCUCUAUUAUGGGAUGUCGGUGCCUGGCCUGUAAUUAAUUUAUAAACCAGUUUUUAAAAUAUUCAUUUUCUGAUCUAAUUUGAUUCAAUUGAGACUUGAACAUGGCCAUCAACACGGACACCGACUUCCUGAAGUCCAACUUAAGUGAGGGUGGAGGAGGCACUCAGGCUUCGGACCCCUACGAGACGGAGAAACUCCUGGCGCUGACCACCGAGCCUGGAGGAAAUGGGAUGAAGAUGUCCACCUCCUUUACGGUCAACAUGGACAGCGACAAGGGCCAGGAAGCAGACCUGAACGGCCACGGCGUUGCCGUGAGGUCUGGCUCCGCCGGACAGCUGGGCGCCGCCGCCCCCCUCUCCCCGUCCAAGGCCAGUCUGAGCCGCUCCUCCACCGGCAACGCUACAGUCCAGGAGACCCCGAAGCCCAAGGAUUACCUCAUCCUUGUUAUCAUGUCCUGCUUCUGCCCCGUCUGGCCCGUCAGCAUUGUCGCACUGGUGUACUCCAUCAUGGAUGCAGGAAAUGCUGAUACAAGAUGCAGCUAAGACACUGGACAGCCACACUGGACAGACACAGUUUGAUAUGCUGCUACUGUUUAGUACUCUCCAAUCAAUAUUCUGGUGACACAAUCCUCAGUUGGUCUUCAACAAACACUCUUUCCACCCCAUCUAUAGACUAUUAUGUGGCCUCUUCACAUUCAUAUUGUCGCACAUGUAAUCUACAGGAUCUACAGUAUGUUGAGGUUGCUCUGUGAUAAUAAUUGAAAGCUGACAUUUUUCUUGGUGUCACCCUCUGCAGUGGUGAGAGGUCUGCAGUAAAAUGGUGGACUUGUUAUUGAAAGCAGUGAGAGCUUGUAACUCAUUACAUUUAGCCAGUGCACAUUUAGAGAAUGUCCUAGAUAUCAAAGCGAGAUACCGCCGGCCUUAGUUGAUUUAGACGUGUAAAAAUAUAAAUGUAGUGUGAAGGUCAAGUGUGUGUGACCUGACAAGCAAAAGCUUUGUGUUCGACGUGUAAAUGAUUUUGUAAUUUAGAAUAACUACGGGUACGGUGGGGCAUUGAUGAAGUAGGCUAUUCCCCAUUGAUGGUGACCCUUGCUUCACUUUGGAACACAUAUACUAUUAAAACAAACUCAUCGCGUAUGCAAUAGACCAGUAGAACGCAGCAAAGC